AUGAGUAAAAACAACACAAAAUCGCAGACAGCUGAUUUAUCGAAAUACUGCAAGAGUGUGUUUGCACUGAGUUUUGCCAUUGAAAUUAUUGGUUUAGAUGUAUGGAACGAUUUUGAAAAUGGAUUAUUGGACCUCGGAACAUUUGUGCAAGGCUUUAAAAUACAGUAUCAACUGUAUCACGGACAGACAUUUGACUUAGAUAUACUAGUGUGGCCACACGUAGCUAAGGUUUGGUGCGGCAGUAAGUUUGGUUGGGUGAGAUGUUGGCAGUUCUUAGAACGAAGAUGGCUCAGCUUUUCAAUACGACAUGCUUUUCCUGUGAGAGUGGAGGAUCUACGUGAAUUUAUAGCCACUGUUGUCGUCACACCUGGAUCAACAGCUUUGAGUGCAAUUGCGAAAAAUGAUAAGAAUUUUGAAGUUUAUGUUCCGGUUUUGAAAUUUGGCGAACGCCGAUUCUUCGGACCCGUGCUUCAAAGUGAAGAAAGUAUUAGCAGUUAUUGCGAGAAAAUCAUAUGGGAAAACGUGGAGACAUAUAUUCCAUCUUCUCAUUUCGAUGGGUCAUUUGAUAUUCCACAGCCUAUUGAAGAUGUGAGACAGCAAGAUAAAAUUUUAUAUUAUGUUCGAGAAGCCACAUUAAAUCGAAAUUUAUUUGAAAAAGCCGAAGAUGCUGUAAUUGUGCCUGAAGAACCAAAAAAUAAGGUCAGGCGUGAUUCUAAACUUAAAGAAAAGAAGAAGACAACGGAUGUAGCAAAAGUGAAGUUUGAGAUAAAGUUAACUGGUGACGCUAUAUUGGCUGGUGUUGGAAGGAUCAUUGCUUUUGAGGUAUCUGGAGAGAGACCGCCUGAACUAGGUGAAGUUAUAGUUUUGUUGUCAAGCAAUAAUUUACCUGCUAAAGAUGACAAACCAAUAGUUUUUGUGAAUAUUGAAAAGUUAUUUGAUGCCCCUGUUAAUGACUUUAAAAAAUUAAGAAUAUCAAAAUUGUAUACCCGUUGGAAAUUAGGAGAGGAAAGACAUGAUUCUGAACAGCAAACAAUGAAAUUAACGAAAUCAAUAAAUUUUAACGAUCAUCAUGCAGUACCAAUGACUUUUGAAUCAGCUUCUGAAAUUUGUGCAAUUUUCUUAGAUCUCCCUUUUAUAAUUGAGCUUCGAGGAAUUUUGAGUUCAACUGUAAAUGACAAUAAGCCUAUGCUAUUUGGCUAUGAGAAAGCUGACAAAGAUUUUGGAUCUGCUAUCCCGCCCAAAAAAAGAAACAACGACGAUGAUGUUUUGAUUGCUUGCACCAGAAUUGAUGCUCAAUUGUUAGCUAAAACAUCUAAUAACUUUAUUAAAGGAGAAUAUUCAUUAUAUCCGCCAACGAUAUCAGUUGUAGAAUCAAAACGUGAAGACCUUUGCACCAACGAUGUCAAUGCUGUAAAAAGGACCUUGAAACCAACACUUUUGGUACCUCCAAGCCUAGUUUUAGAAGCCCAAAUGACAUUGGAAGUUUCUAUUGGUGUCGUUGGGUGUCAACCACGUAAAUUAACUGAGUGCUUUUCAAGACUGUUUGCCUUGACAUGUAAUAACAACGCGAUAGAAUCUGCGCUAAAGAUUAUUACAGAAGUUAAUGAAUUAGCUGUGGAAACAGGGCAGCGGGAUCAGUUAUUGACAGGGUUUGUUUUAGAUUCUGGCGAUACGGUUUUAUUAUUUGUUGAAGGACCAAGAUAUGGUAAAAUUUUGUACGUAUGGGAAAUGACUGAUGAGUUCAGUUCCGACAUGAAAGUUAUUUAUUCCAGUUCAGCAAGAUAUUCCGCUAGAAUAUAUGAAGAGAUGCUCACAGUAGCCGUGCCCUUUCCUGUUAUGAAGAUGUUUGUUCCUUUAACCUUACUUUUAGCUUGUCCUCCGGUUUAUGUGCGUCCCGCUCUACCACUACCGGCUCGUGCUGCAGUAUUAAAAUUAGGUCGCCUCUUAGCAAGCAACUUAAAUGUAGUUCCGAGUAGCCUUGACGUACCUACGACAGCGGAACUAAGAAGUUUCAGAUUAGAGUUUUGCGUCGCACCUCUACCUCCGCCCGUGUGUGUCGACACUCAAUUAAUAAAAGACGAACCUGAAUUGCAGAAGAGGACGAUAUCACAGUCUAGGGGGCUAUUCCACUUAUGUUCGGACUGGUAG